CCCAUGAUUUGCCCUAUUUAAAUUGUGAAGCGCGUCCACAGCACCGCGAAAUCGCGAAUACAAGGGUCUUUGGAAUCGACAAUCUACGUCCCUACCGCAUUGAAGUUUACGUUUAAAAUUGUUAAGGUAUGGGUUAUGGUUACGUACGCGUUAUGGGUAGGGGUUCAUGUUAGGGUUAGGCUUUAGAGUAGGGACGUCCAAAGGAAUCGAUAAGCACUAACCUGAAUACAAGCGCAGUCCCGUUGAAAUCGUGAGUGCGUCACCCAUGCGUGCGCGUUCGCGAGCACUUCAUAGAUCUAUCAUUAACCGGAUACUACUUGAGAUAGCGGAGGUUCCAGGACGACUAGCUCCGAGAAAAAGCCUCUGUCAUCUAAAACGUGUUUGCCGAGCAUUGUAAUGUAUCACCUGAUCUUUUAACCGGCCUUGUUGCUGCCUUCGACAGGAAAACGUGAUACACGUGUUUAUUUUAUGGGAAUAAGCUGUAUGGAAUGAGCAAUAACUCAUGAUGCACGAGCUGCUGCUUGAAAGCAUAGGAAGCUUGCUAUAUGGCUAACGUUAGCUAGCUAGGAACGGGUAAUUUAUAGUAAAUACACAGUGCUCUAUAUUGAAUCAACAUGGCACACAAUAUUAUAACGCAAAUUGGACAACUCUGUAAUUACCUCCAAGACCCGAUUCAUGUAGCACGGUUUCAGCAGAUUUGCGGUGUGAGCGGGACGUUUUCAAGGAACCCAGCAGAGACCGAAGAAGUGGAGCGAGCUCGCUUGCACAACAACAGCAUUAGCCAUCUCCAGGGUGAAAAUGAGAAAUGUACUGUCAACGGAGGUGAAGGGGAGAAAACCAAGAGUCUUCGGCAGAGAAAAGUCACCUCGCCGGGGAACAGUUUGAAACAGGAAGGAGUAGACAAUUCUUCUCAGAACCGGUCAGUCACUCCUGCGGGGAAAACGGCCGGGCACAUCGGGAGCGGUUGCCGCAUCGCAAGAUCCAGUGAUGUCGGGGUACGGGACCUCAAAGAAAACGGCUCAAGUGGUGUCAACGGGUCCAGGGUGGAAUGCACCUCUGAGACACCUGAUGAACGGAUUAGUGAGGACCCCAGUCCUAAGACUACUGUCAAGCCGCUGCGCAAAAAUUCCCUGACAGGUGAUGUGGGCCAGGAGUUUUUAAUCGAGAACAAGUUUUUGUACUACCUGUUCACCUUAGGAACUGAGCUGGGCAACGAGCUGUUUUACAUCACUUUCUUCCCGUUCAUCAUAUGGAACGUGGACGCUUACGUAAGCCGGCGACUGAUUGCCAUCUGGGUUUGGGUCAUGUACCUUGGCCAGAGCACCAAGGAUGUCAUUCGGUUGUCCAGGCCAGCCUCACCGCCCGUGAUCAAGGUGGAGAUGUUCUACAACUCUGAGUACAGUAUGCCCUCUACACACGCCAUGUCAGGCACGGCCAUUCCAUUCUCACUGUUACUGCUGACCUAUGGCCGCUGGGAGUACCCUUUCAUGUUUGGGUUCACUCUGGCAAUGUGCUGGUGUGUGCUGGUCUGCAUUAGCCGCAUCUACAUGGGUAUGCACUCCAUCCUGGACAUCAUUGCUGGCUUCCUGUACAGCCUCCUGAUCCUGGUGGUAUUCCAGCCAGCGCUGGACCUGAUUGACAACUUCAACCUGACAUACCGCUACGCCCCCCUCAUCAUCAUCUCCCUGCACCUGGGCAUGGGCCUCUUCUCCUUCACCCUGGACACCUGGAGCACCUCGCGGGGCGAUACAGCUCAAAUCCUGGGCACUGGCGCUGGCGUGGCCCUAGCCUCCCACCUUAACCACUACCUUGGCCUGAUGCCCGACCCCCCGCUGGACCAGCUGCCCCUAUCCCCCCCGGCUCUCAACGCCGCCCUGCUGGCCGUAGCCAUGCUGAGGAUGUGCCUGGGCGUCCUGGUGCUGCUGGCCAUCAGGGCCCUCAUGAAGGCCAUCACCAUCCCUCUGGCCUGCCGUAUCUCUGGCAUCCCCAGUGGAGACGUAAGGAAGGCCCGGCAGCACAUGGAGGUGGAGCUACCCUACAGGUACAUUGUGUACAGCACGGUGGGCUUCAGCACCCUCUUCCUGGUGCCCCAGCUCUUCACCUACCUGCAGCUGUCCUGAUGAGAGAGCCCUGUGGAUCCCCCAGUCCCCUGUCCUCACCCUUGCUCAUCUAAAACCAAGCCCUUAGGAACAUGGGAAAUUCACACCUUACAUAUCCUGUACAUCCACCCCCUAUACCACUAACCUUUGGCCCUGCCAGUUCUAAUGACAGAAACCUCUUAUCAGGGAACUCCUAUAGACUGAUUUGACAGAAUGUCAGCACUGAUUACUAAAUCCUAUUCGCUUUAUCUUACUUCAAUUUCUUUUGUCAAUCAGAAUUUGACCUCUGUUUAUCUUAAUUUCCCAUUUUAUGGUCUCAAUUUUAAUGGAAAUGCACUAAUGAUUUUGGGCAUCAGAGCAAGUUAUGGAUCAACCAGACUAAUUUUCUCUCUCUUAUUAGUCACCCCUUCCCCAACCGUACAUACAUUGUCUAUCCUGAGUAUUUAUUUAAAAUACUUUCUCUGCUUUUUUGUACUUGGGAGAAAAUAAGGAUUCAAUUCUAAUCUGAUAAAUUCAGCCUGCGUCCUGGUUGUGUUCUCAUCUAUUUUUCUAAAGGGCUCUUUUUAUCUAUUAUUAUUGAAGAUGAGCGGUUGACGUUUGAAUAUAUAGAUUUGUACUGAUGAGAGAAAAGCCAUGACUGGGGCUGGGCACAUGUGAUGCAGCGGUGUCACUGUGGGAUAUAUAGAGGACAGGACAUUAGCCCUAUAAGUCAGAUGGUUAAAAGUGGGAUUGUUUUGAGCGUCAGGAGGACUUGGCUCAGACACACAGUGAGGAACUUCCUGUUUUAUAGGAGGGGAUGCACCUGACUGCACGGAAUCACUUCCUGCGGGUCUCGUGUUUGGAGGGGCCAAGGGAGGAUUAGAGGAGAUAACACCAACCCCAACUCUUACCUCAGUGUUCUUACUAUAUCUCUUUCCAGAAGUGACCAAGGCUUUCACUGCUUUAAUGUGGUAUAUAGUAUAGGUAUACUAUCAUAGGAUUGGAAAUUGUCUGGCUAAUUGAUUUGUUUGUUUUUGAUUGUUUUUAACAAAAAAAGAGUGCUGACCGGAAGAUUGCCAGCAGUUUCCCACUAGCAGAGAAAAUACUGAAAGGACUGGAGCCCAUUGCUGUGCUGAUCACAAUGAUAUAGAUAUACUGUAGAUACAUCCAUUAUUGGAAAAACAAUAUUGUUCCUGGACCAACUGUCAAACAACAGAACUGUAUCUUAUCUUGGCCCACAGGGGCAGAGGCUUGAUAAGAAAGCUAAACUGUACAUCCUAGUGUGGUUAUGGAAUACAUAUGAUAUAUAGAUGUCUAUAGUACUGUCCUAAUAGAAACCCAGCUAGCACAUUUUGUUCCUUGUAAGGGGUGGGAGCGUAUGUUUUUGGGAACGAAGCCAUAUGUUUCCUGACUGUUAAAACUGAAGUUUUUUUAAAACAUUCUGAGAACAGAAGUGAAAAUUUUGCCUGUUCUGGGAACUUUUAUUUUUAGGUUGCAUGGAGGUUCUGAAAACGUUUUACUCUGGUUCCUUGAAAGUUUUCCUGGGAGGUUUUAUUAAUGCUCUGAGAACAGAAAUUAUAUGCUAUUUUGAGUUUUUUUAAUAACUUCCUUAACAAUGCUAGCUUGUAGUGGGUUAACUUUUUUUAAACUCCAAGCAUAGAUAGGACACAUGGAAAGGAAUAUCCUGAGGCAUUAAUCAUGCAAAUACAUUUUUAUUUUGACCACAUUAGUGAGAUUCAAACCUAUAAUAUUCUGUUCUCUAUCCGUGGACUUAGUCACUGCGCCACCAGGAUGGAGCUAGUAUGCCUUUUUCUUUUGUAUAUAAAGCUAUUCAUUUUAGUCUAUUCAAACAGACCCCAUUUCAAAGGAAACAAGCAUUAAUUAAGAUCAGGUGUGGCCAAUUAGUGGGUGCAACCAACACACCUGAGCAAACUUAACAAGAUGGAGGAUAGAGACAGUUUUGUUGAUGCUGAAAACGGAAUGUAUGUUUUUUAAUAACAUUCUUAGAACGUUCUCUGAAUGUUUUCUUGUGGUUUUUAUGUAAAGUUUUCUUAACGUUCUCGGAACAAUUUGAGAACGUGACUUUAAAUAGAACCAUGAGGAAACUUGUAGAAAAUGUUAUGCUGAAGUACUGAAAUUCCCACAGAAGAACAUUGUUUCUUAAUGUUCUCUGAACUUUUUGAGAACAUUCCCAAUGUCAAACCAGUUGCAGAACAUUCCUAGAACAUUACCAACAUUAUAAUUAAAUGUAACCAUGUUUGAACUCUUAGGAAACGUUCUGUUAAAGUAAUGAAAUACCAAGAGAAUAACUUUUUUUGUCAACUUAUUUAAAUGUGCUGUGAAUGUUCCUAAGCCAAGCAACUAUCCUGCACCAUUCCCAGAAAGUUGUGGGAAGGUUGUAUGCAAAAUAACCAUAGGACAACCACGCUCUCACCAUGCUCUAAGAAACGUAGGGGAUCUCAGAAUUGUAUGUGCUAUCUGGGAAUGCACUGUUUCUGCAAUGCACUGUUGUUGUCCUGUCCAUUUGCUGGUCUGUCUGUGUCUUACUGGCCACUGUUGACUGGAAGCGCUCAGGAGACAGCUAUGUUGUGGCCUUGUCUUACGUGUGCGAGUUUGUUUUAUUUGUGCUUGUCUCCUUCCAUUUCAGUGAGAAGGUAGGUCAUUUUUGUGGUUAUGCUGAACAGACAGUACAGGGCUCUGAUAUGAUAAUAAACUUGGACUAAAAUAGAGCACAUCAUUCUGAUCCUCUAAUAAACAGUGUGGUUGGACCUAGACUGUCAGUUAAUUUAGCACUACCAUUUUAUCUUGGCCAGGAAGUCUCCCUGCAGAUUGAGGAUCGAUGCAGAUAACUCAAGUUUCAAGUGUUAUUAGUUGUAUGUGCGGGAUACGCAUGGUAUACAUCGUCUAUCAAAAUGCUUACUUGCAUGUGUGUUCCUUCUCGACAAUGCAACAAUAAGAAAAUAUAAGAUUACGAGCAUAAAGUAAACAGCAGUAGAGUAUGUAUAUUUUUUUAGCAUAAGUAUCAUAUAGGAAGGUAUAAUUUUUAGUCCAAUAUUUACGUGUGUAUGGAGGGGGGGGGGUCGGCAACUUCCUGAUGCUGAUUACAGUAGUUAUUUCUAUACUGAAUGCCUCCGAAUUCUGAAGUGAAUCUUAAUCAGGAACUAUUUUAAAUAAAUAUUUUAAAUAAAUGUAAGAAAUUACAUGGUUAACUGUUGGGUUGUGUUAUCAAUGUCUUAUUUCAAAGCAUUUAGUUUCAACAUGAUGUGACGUUUUCCAAGAUACUCUCAAUGACUUUCCAUUUGGAUGGUGAUUUGAUCACCGUUUCUUUUCAACUUUUCUACCAAAUGAAAAGGGUUCAGUGAUGUAGCUGUACUGUAGCUUUAGUAGAACUCUGUUCUUACUACCCUAGUGCCUUUUACGGUGUUUCAGGAAGGAGUUGUAACCUUUCAUGUUUUUUGUAGCCAUUGAAUUGGAGAGUGGUGAGAGACAUGUCAAAAAAAAAGUGUUGGGUUCAACCUAUUUCAAUUCCAUUUUAAUUAUAUUAAAAACUGUGUGUUUGCCUUUGCACUUGUAACUGCAGAUUAGGUUGAUUGUCAUUACUACUUUAGUACUUUGUUCAAACAGCAGAUGUUUGAAACAGUUAUCCAUGUUUUUCACUGUUACUUGUUUCCCUUUUGCUUCUCAUUUUAAUUUGAAGCAUUUGGUCCUUAGUUCUUAAUUUGUCAAACUGCAUUAUAUAAGAUAUUUGCAUGACCAAAUCUUAGAUGCAGUAUUUGUGAUGAUUUUUGACAUGGCUACAACAAAUGUCCAUGUCAAAUUGCUUGUUUUACAGAAUCAUCUUUUUAUAGACCAAAUAAAUAUUUAUAUUGAACUGUAUUUAAUAUUAGAAAUAUUCGUGAAACUGAGAUUUAUAUGUGUCUGCCGGAAAAUCUCUUGAUGAUUCAGUUAUUUGUUUGAUCAAAUGUUAUUUGAAAUGACCAUUUCAUGCAGUUUUGACAUGGUAGGUAAUUAUUUUACAACCUAAAAAAGUGUAUGUCCAUUUUAAUGGUUGGGUUCAAUCUAUGAUGAGGAUGUUCAUUAUAUGAGGCUCUGAUCUGUCAGACUGUAUGAGUGAAUUAAUCAAAAUAAUCUAGUGAGCUAAUUAAAACAAAGUGACUGUCCACUCCAGUCCAUUUUUAACAAUUUCAAUAAAGAGAUGUAAUUUUUGGUCA